GUGAUGCGCUGGCGCUGCCUGGCGAUGCGGCGCAUGGCAAUGGGCGAAGUUUGGCGUCGAAGCUGAAGGCCUCCUUAGAAGAUGCGCGGAAGCGCCCCGCCGGAGGCGGUUUGGGCGAGGUGACUCCGAGUCUGCCGUCUUCCCCGCCCAAGGGAGGCCACCUUCGCGCCAGCAAGCCGCUGGAAGGUCUCACGCAGCUGGUCGAAGGACGCUCAGAUUUCUUUGCGGAGCUGGCGAAGAGCGUCGGCUACGAGGUCCAGCGGCUGCUGCGCUUCACUCUGCUGGGCUACACCAACCCGCUCACCGCAGACCUGGAGCUGAAAGCUCAGCAGCAGAUCUCCGAGGGCCUCAGGACUGUGCUCUCGCACCUGAGCACUUACGUGGACGAGGUCUUCACUGCCUCCAAGACCUGCUCUCGGGAGGAUUCUGGGGGCCUGCAGCGGCAGCUUGACGCCAGCAUUUCCCAGGGCCAGGAGUUGCAGGAGGUGCUGGCCAAGAGCGACCGGAAGCUCUUGAAGAGCACCCAGCUCCAGAACAAGCUGCGCUCCAUGUACCACCAGGAUCUUGAGGCGCAGCGUGCCCGGUUCAGGUCUCUCCUGUCCCGCUACCUCGAGUACUUCACGCCGGAGGACCUUGAAAUGGUGCAUGAUCUCAUGAAUGUCCGCUUCUUCAACCCGGACUCGGCCUUGGACGAGGACACGGAGCAGCUGCUGCAGCGCAAGGCUGCUGCCCUGCAGGAAACCUUCAAUGCUCAGAAGGAGGGCCUCAUGCUCCAGCUGGCGGAGCUGAGCCGGGAGGAGACGGCGAUGCGGCAGAAGUUGGCCCUGGAGCAAAAGAAAGUCCGGCUGCUGCAGGCACGCAUGGGCGAGGAUGUCGACUUCGAGGGCUCGGAGGUCCAGGAGGAGGCCGUGGCGCCGUCUCGUGAGGAAGACUCGGCGGGAAGGAGCCACAUGGCCUUCAUCAAGAUUACAGCCCUUGAGGACGCCUUGCAGCAGCAGGCUUCCUGGCUUCAAGACUUGGAGAGGAAAGACAGGAGCGAUGCACUGCAGCCAUUUCAGGUCCUGCUGCGACUUUGCCUUGAGAAGGCCGCGGCUGCAAAGGCCGCACUCGAUUCGGUGCCGUCCGAUGAGCUGCACGAGUCCUCGCUUGAGCGGCAAAGGGCCGACGUGGCCGAGAACUUCGCGAAGCUGGAGGAGAGUAAGAAGGAAGCCGCCGAGAAGGAGCUGGAGCAGAUGACCCAGGAGUUGGCGCGGCUGCGCAGCGAGGUCGACACCGCGAAGAAGGAGGCCCAGCUGGCUUCGGCAAACGGUGCCGGCGGUCGCGAAGAUGGCCAGCUG